UUCCUCAAGCUAAGCGUGAACUUCAAGGGAAAACAUUAAAAAACACGAAACACAUAAAAACAGCUAACAAAAGAGAACUUUUCUGCUCUUUAGGACUUUGAAAGCAAAUCCCAUGGAUUGCUAAGUACCUUAAUUUAAAUUAAUUUAACACACAAAGAAAAAAUCUGUUGUUGUUUGGAUUCAAAAAGCUGCAAAGUUUAAGGCCAUGAGGAUCAUGAGACGCCAUGGUUGGCAGCGACCUCUCCAUCCUUUACAGAUGGUGGGAAUGGCGGUAUACAGCUUUCUAGUUGUGGCCUUUUACACAUUUCUAGGUCUCUUGCUUGGAAACAGAAUUGCAGAAAUAAUUGUCACAACUAUCUUUUCCUUUGUGGCACUCUCUGUUAUGUUCCUGUUUAUUAGGUGUACUGCUAUUGACCCUACUGAUAAAACCAGCUCUAGGAAGAAGAAAAGAGACAAAUCUAAAGGGGUUUUGAAGCUCAAUUACGGGUUCAUAUUGACCCAGAUUGUUGUAAGGUUUUUUAGGAGGUUGGAGAAGAAGAUUCUUAGGACUUUCAUAAGGAGGAAGUAUUUGGAUCCAUUGAAAACCAAUGUCCAAAUGGAACCAUUGCUACCAUUUCCCCUUGUCAUGAAAGAUGAUGCAGUUUCACCUGACCUUAAAGAGGAUGACAUCUCCUACUGUUCUCUCUGUGAUUUUGAGGUGAAAAAACAUAGCAAGCACUGUAGGAGUUGCAACCGGUGUGUUGAAGGUUUUGAUCAUCAUUGCAGGUGGCUGAACAAUUGUGUAGGGAAAAGGAAUUAUACGACAUUCAUUCUUCUGAUGAUUUUUGUAUUGUUAAUGCUAAUCCUAGAAGGAGGAACUGCUAUUGCCAUAUUCGUCAGGUGCUUUGCUGAUAAGAAAGGAAUUGAGCAGGAGCUGGAGAAAAGGCUCUAUAUGGAGUUUCCUAGAGAAGUUCUUGCCACAAUCACAAUUUUGUUGGCAUUGUUUACUGCUUAUGGUUCGGCAGCAAUGGGACAACUUUUCUUCUUUCAUGUAGUUCUGAUAAGAAAGGGAAUGAGAACUUAUGAUUAUAUACUGGCAAUGAAAGAGGAGAACCAAUUUACAAUAGACCCAUUUGACGACUCAGAUAUCUCGUCAGAUGAUAGUUCUGAUUUUGAUUCACCUGAAAAACAAACAUUUGUGUCAAGGUUUUUGUGCAGAGGACAGAGAACUCAGAACCCAUCAAGAUUGUCCAUACGAAUUGAUGGAGAUCCUGAAGCUUCCAACUUAACAAGCAAGAAACAAGGGUUCCAUGUAAGCAUUAACCCAUGGAAACUGAUAAAUCUUAGCAAGGAGAAAGCUCUUCUAGCUGCGGAGAAGGCUAGAGAAAGGCUUAUGAAACCAAAGCCAGCGGUGGAACUUGAUCCAUUGAAGCCACUACCGCUGGAGACAAAACGUGGCCCACUAAUGAACCCAGAGAGAAACAUAGCCAAUUCAGGAACAGCAACAACGCCUCUCAUUUCCAAAGGCAGGCUUCCAGGUUCACCAGGAAGGUUUUCAAGCCCAAGGCGUCGAUUUUCUGGUUCUACUACUCUGUUCUCGAGUGCUAUGCCAUCACCAAAACAAAAAUAUAGAAGCAAUUUCGAUUUGAAGUUGACGGAGGUUUCCAAGGAGCUUGAAACAUACAUUUCAAGGCAGGUUUUAUGUUCUGUUAUUAAAAAGGAUGGCAGUGAGGCAUCUCCAAGAUAAAGACGUUUGAAUUUCAAGGUUCUCAGCCUCUGAGAAAGAUUCGUUGGUUGCCUGCGUUCAUUCUUGACGAAGCAUUCUCAUCUCAUUAGAUUUACAAGUGUACUUGAUUUCUUUUUCAUCUCUUUCACAGACUAUAAUUGGAUACUCUUUAGAUUAUUGAAUACAAAUACAGUUGAGGAACCUGCACCUAACUUAGCACAUACAUUGAUGCAACGAAUCUUGUACCGUACCAAAAACAAGGACGGGUCGGGCACGUAAUUGCUGUAGUAUAUUACCUGAGAACUUCCGCUGCAUAACCUUCCAAAGCAUGGAAAUUGCCUUUCCAUUUCAUGCAAAGGAUGCAACUUCCCAGGAAACAGCCUGGAUUGACGACCACCACAAUGAAAGACACCUCAAGAAAUUACACAGUUUAUGUAAAAUUUUCUGUGAUUCUGUUUUCAUUGAGCUUUUGAAUAACUUGACCUUCGUAACAUACCAAAAUUUAAUAUGUUGGGAUUUCAGACUGCGACAAGCAAAAAA